AUGUUCCAUUUAAAGCACGGCAAUGGCUUCUUCUUGUUUCAGCGACCGGUCAGGACAAGAGGAAGUCGCAUACGCGCAGCGCUAUGUUUCCGACGAUACGACUCAACUUUUCAAGGUGGGAAGUACAAGGAGGUUUUCAAAAACUUGGCCUGCAGCAACCAAAUCAAUGGGAUAAAGCGAAUUCCGCUUUCGCACAUAGGUGCUUCGAAGGCGGAGAGAAAUGCAACACUGAGUGUGAAUAAGCCAGAAAAGGAAGUGGUAGACAAGGCGUCUUUGAAUAUUUCCCUUGAGUCAGCUAAUCGACUGAUCUCUCAAAGCAAAGAGGUCACGGCGAGCCUGCCGGCGGAGUUGUUACAUAUUCUCUUCGCACUUGGGCGCCUUCACCAGUUUUACGUGAUACACAAACUUUAUAAAACUUUCAGACUUCACCUACUAGCAUCCAAACACAGCAUUUUACCGGAGACAUACUCACAACUCGUCGAACUAAUGCUCAAGACUGAAUUUGCCCUUCGGAAUUACGAUCUUUGCGAAGCACUGUUUUCCGAAUAUAUCAAGUUUCCUAAAAUAAAGCCAGGAAUGAUAGAAAUUGGUCUCGUUACAUUUGUCAAGAACAAGAACAUCCCACUUGCAAAAGAAUUUUAUGCCCAAAUACUCAAAGACCCCGAAACUUUCCCAAUUACUCCUCAUACAUUGCAUGUUUUUGCAUUCGAGAUAUUCAAGGCCUCUGAUCUGGCUUUACUGAAACAAAUCAUUUAUACGUGGCUGAAGGAAGCAUCCGCUCCCCAACUUAUGCCUGAAAACAGGACAAUUGCUCUGCUUCACAGGCUUUUGCUGAAUUUUGAGGAUUUCGAAGGAAUUGGUACCUUAAAUUCGCAUCCCAGGAUACAAAUAUCCAACUAUAAUGAUAGCGACGAUUAUCGACUUUGUUUAUUUCGCAACGAUUUAGCAAAAAGUAAGCUUGUGACCACUCUCGAGAUCACUGGCGCACUUGAAUUGUUACUCGCUCAAACCGCUGUACCAAGAAGAGUUGAAUUCUAUAUUGAAGCGCUCAACGCCUUCGUCUCUCGAAACAAUCUUGCUGAUAUCAAACUCAUCACCACGAGAGCACUAUCCGAUAGAUCUGUGCAGCUAACAAAUGGUUUCCACAAGCGCGUUUGCCAUUAUUUUGUCAAGAACGGAUUAUUAAAGACACUUGUUCAGUACAUGAGAGACGUCAUACGCACUUCUCCGGAAUGCCAAAUAAACCACGUAUAUGUUGAACAGCUCUGGUCUUGUGCGAUAGAGAAUUAUCCCAUACUUUCAAGAGAGUUUACUAAAGAUUUGCAGUUGACUCUUGACAAAGAUAGCUAUCUUCGCCAGUACCAUUGGCUCGGACACUUUAUCACUAGCAAACUGAACAGGCGGCUGCUAACCAAUGAAUCUAAUGGAGGGGCUCUCCACAAAUACUUGGCUUUGAGUCCGCACUUUAGCCCGGACUGCGCAAAGGCCAUAGCCGACUGCGUCGAAAUUGGCGAUGCUGCCCGCAUCAGGGCUAUCAUUUUGAAUGAAUUGCAACACGGAAUAAGGCCACGCUUUCCGGUUCUUUACUCACUGCUCAAAAUUUUAAUGGAUGAUUGUAUAGAGUCAGCACGCAUAGUUGAUAAUAUCAUGCGUGAAACGUACCACAAUAUUCCGCUCAAGCUGGACAUUUUGUGGCUUAAGCAUAGCACUCUCAAGAUUACCAGUGAGUCUGCACAAAAAGGUCACACAAUAGCUGCAAAGACGGAGGCAUCUCUGAUGGCCUCUCAGAAAGUCAAAGACUUUGAGAGAGAACGCCGCCUUCAUUUAAACUUUCAAAAUUACAUGCAACUUUCCAGCAUAUUUCUUGUGCUUCAGGAUCCUACUACGGCUACAUUCUGCCUAGAUCAGGGUAAAAAGCGUAUGAAUAGUAAUAACCAAAGGGACUGGUUCAUCUAUUAUUCUAAUGCUUUGAAGAUCCACACGCGUGCUCGAGAUCCGCUCAGUUUUCUGUCAGUGUUGAGCGAAUGGAACAAAAACCGCAACGCAGGUUUGAUCACUCGCGACUCUUUACGAUCUUGUAAGGGCUAUGUGAAAUAUUUAACAAAGCAUUCUGCUGCCUCGAGCUCACACAUGUCCAACAGGGAUAUGAUAAAGCUUAUAAAUGAGGAGAUUGACGCACUUCUGGUAAGAUACGUCAAUUACAAGUUUGAGGGCCUCAAUGAUAUGCGUAUGGCAUCUCAAUUCUUACACGAAUGGAUGAAUAACGAUGCCAAGAAGAGAGUUGCGGAGGCCCCAACUAUGGCAAGCAAGGAUAGCUCCGCCUUACUCAAACACUGA